GCACAACUUUUUCCUACAAGCGUCGAGUUAUAUGCACGCCAUGUUAGUGAAAUUAGCUGGUUUUUACCUCAUGUGGAUAAACUAUUUAUUCACGCUGAUUAUACAUUGAGCCGUUCGUGUUAUUAAAUGAUUAGCGAAUCUGCUCAGCGCUGUUCAGAAGGUGAAGGCUGUUUGCUGCUUGGGGCGAGAAGCCUACAUAUUAUGCGCAGCCUCAGUCUGUGACCAAGCUACGCUGUGUGUUAUUUGAUUUUUGUCUCUAGACUAGAGCAUGAAGUAUGCAAAAACAUGCAACUAGUUAGCCUGUUUUAUAGCUAGUUAGUUUCCACAAAUAUAUAGUACGUUUCGAUACGUUCUUUUUCUGAGUUAAUAUUCACAAAAUGCACCCUGUCAUGGUGUGUAUUCCCUCGUUCCGAUCAGAGGACAAUGCGAUGGAGAAGGGAUACACGGUAUUUAAGAUUGACGUGUUGAUGAGCGGUCGCCAGCACACAGUGGAGAAACGCUACAGCCAGUUCCACACUCUGCACAAGAUGCUGAAGAAGCUCAUCAAGCCGCCUGAAAUUCCCUCCAAACAUGUCCGUAACUGGGUUCCCCGGGUCCUGGAGCAAAGGAGGCAGGGUCUGGAACUAUACCUGCAGACCAUAAUCGUGGAGAAUGAAGUUCUGCCAAAGGUGUUUCUGGAUUUUCUCAACAUCCGCCACUUUCCCUCCCUGCCAAAAACAGAGAGCUGUGGGUCAUUUGAAACUGAAUCUGAGGAAUCAAGUAAACUGUCCCAUCAGCCUGUGCUGCUGUACCUGAGGGACCCAUAUGUGCUUCCUGCUGCUGAUGAUGCCUGUCCAAAUGUGGUCAUAGAAGGUGUGAUUCAUGGAAUAUUCUGCCCAGACCUUCAACCAAGAUAGACUUCAACCAAUAUCUCAGAUAUGAAGACUGCCUCAGACAACUGGAUGAAAAGGAUGCAAGUACACUAUUCUCUGCAAAAAUGUACGUGUACACAUUCUCCCCAUUCAUAUGUAUGUGUGUAUGUAGGAAUAGGGGGAAAAAGUGCAUUUUUUAUGAAUACUGUUAAAAUAUGGACUCAGACUGAGACCAAACUUCAUCACAAACUACAAAGACCAGCUGACUUGUAUGUGUGCUAACGCGGACACUGGGCUGCAUGUAUAAGGGACGUUCCCGUUGUUAAAAGUAGGGGAGAAAGGGACAGAUGACGAGGCUCCUGUCGAAAUGACACUAGUAAUGACACAAAUAGAUGCAUGUAAUUCAAAGGGACAUUUCUGUUCAUUUUGUUUCUCAAAAACUAUAAUGCCGUUUGACACACUCUCCCUCCUAUACCUACCCCGAUUCCCCGGGCAUUACGAAAGCUUCUCAUUGGAGGAGAAUAUACUGUAACUACAGCACUCCUAUUAUAUUUUCAAUUUGUAGUGGCUAGCUAAGCCAUCAGAGAAUUACAAUUUAAUUAGUUAGCUAAUAAUUUAACCAGAACUGUGGACGGAUAAUGUAGGCAUUAAAUAAUUAUUAUUGUUAUAAUUCUGUGACCGCUUUGAUUGAAUUUAUACUAAAUGCAAAUGUUGCCAAUCACCAAUACAAAGGCUUCCCUCUGCCUCAUAUAUAAAUGAACGGCUGACUAGUUUGCUUUGCAAAUAACCGAUAGCUGCUACCUUUUGAAAUCCCAAAAAUACUGAUUCAACACUGAAUGAUAUCCCCUAAUUAUGUUGCAUAAUUUAUAUAAAAUAUACUUCAUGGCAUAUCAGUACUACAUCCUGUAUUAAUCAGAAGUAUGCAUUAUUGCGUUAUUAGUGAUCUUAUUCUGUUCACAUUAGAUCAUUUCCCAAUAUUACUGAUAGUGUUCCAGUUGGCAGAGCGCUCCUGCAUGGAGAUGGGACUGGAGUACGAUGUGAUUUGAGUGCAAUCUUUAAUAUCCUAACAUUACCAUGUGCUGUUCGGUAAAGAUUUUUGAAUUUGUCGGCUUUUUCAUUCCAGUUUAACUGUUAUAUGCACUUGUUUUACGAUUUCUUUUCCUCUUCUUUUUUGAAUAAUUGUAUUUUUCAUUGUCAUUACUGUAAUCUGAUGCUUUCAUUUCUGUACAUUAGACUGACAGAGUGAUUAAAGUAAUGUAAUGUGCUGCUGAACCAUGACUCAUUGUGCCAGAUAAUGGUUAACUAAAGCCCCUGUUUUGCCUGCCACCCAAACCCGUCUCAGUUUGAUACUUUAGCUUUUUAAAUGUUGCGUACUGGCCUUCGCAUAUGAUCAUGAAAGUAUAUAAGUUAAAACAUUGUGUUUUCACAGUUACCAUGCUUCAUUAAUACUAUGAAAAAUUAUAUUUUGCAGUUGCUUGUGAACUUUAACAAUGUAGUACAUUUUUAUGAACAUGAUAUUGCCAUUCUAAACCAGCGUUCAUUUACUAUGUAAAUGGUUUACAUAUUACAUAUGGUUGUAUAUUUAUUGUCAUUGACAAAAUAAUGGUUAGUCCCCAGAUCAGUAAACUUACCUUGGGACAGAGAUUCUGUAUUCAUUAAUGACAAAUCAGGGUGCAUCAGGGGCCCACUGUUGGACUGAAAAAAAUGCUUACUGUGGUAUAUCUAUGUUUCACUCUUCUGUUUCACUUCUUUAUUUUGUCUUUCAUAUUUGUUCCAUGUGGGUGUACUGUGUACCACAAAAGAGCUUCCCUAAAGAGAGAGAAAAAAAUGAGCCAGUCAGGAGAACUAGAGAAUAAAGCUUUUUUUUUUGUUUUUUUUUUUGUAUUUUGUCCAUAACUUCAGAUGGGGAAAAAAGCCAGGUAAUAUUGGAUUCAUAUGUAUAAUUUUUGAAUUGUACUUCCAGCCCUGAGAUAUUCUAUAGAGAGCAGCUUCUUUCAGGGAGUAUGGGCUGAUUGUUUUAUGCAGAUUCAGGGGCAGAAAGGUCUGCACAGAGCUGUUGUGAGAACACGGCUGGAAUAGACAGCAACAGGUCGUACAGGAAAGUCUACUAUCAAGCAGCCGUGAUGUAAGCAUGGUGCUGCAAUACAGUAGCCGUUAGCUGAAAAACAAGCAAAGAGCACUAAAUUACUAAGGGCUGUAGGCAAUCUUACAUGCCUUCCAUUUCAUACUGGCACCUCGCUAAGGCGCUUUGGAUUGGUUUUGAAGGUGCCAGUUAAGUAAUGUACUAUAAAUUAGUAUUCCACAAAGAAAUGUCUAUAGACAAGCUGUUAAUGGUAAAUUGGCCACAUUUAUUCAUGAGUGCUUAGAUUGUCCAUUUUAGAAAACACCUCCAAACAGUAGUCUUAAAUUGGCAAGUUUUUGGAUUGGAAAUCAAUUUAUUUAUUUUUUUUGUGAAUUGCGUUUAAUUUGUGAUUGGAUCUGUUGCAAAUUUUUUAGCUGUUGUUUUCCUGCAUAUAGUGGUGAUUUCUCAGCACUGUUGUUCACAUUACUUCUGCCAAGCCCAUUAUUUUCUGCACUCAUUUGCAUAAUAAAGGGAGGCGUAUUAUAUGGAAGUAGGAUACCGCUCUGCUCAAAAUGCUGACAGCCCCUUGGUGAGAGCUUUCAUUUUGAUCAUGUGCUAUGACAUCACCAGCCUGUUGUUCUGGGACUUGGGGCUGGUAAAAACUGCAGUGUGUGUUUUGACCUUUUGGUGUUUCAUGACCAACAUUAACAUAGUAAUUUAGUAGCCUAAUAAACAGGUAAUGGUUAUGUGGUCAUCAAAGUGAAUAAUAAUAAUGCACUACUACAUUAUAAUUGGCCACUUGUGCAGCUAAUUAUAUUUCAUUAUCUUUAGUGCUUGUGUUUCUAAAACUAUAGAACAACAUGAAUUCUAAAAAGUUUAAGUUAAUAAUAAACAUUAAUUCACGCUGCUGACAUUAAAAAAAAAAAAUUCUUGUUUGAAUACAAAUGUAUGUUUUAGUAUUCACUGUAACAGGAUCUAAUUAAAGUAUGACUACAAUA